UCAUUAGGUUAACAAAUAUCACAGAAAGCAGUUGUCAAGCACGAGGAUUAAUUUGGAAUUACUGUAAACACUCAACGAUCGCACCAGAUUUUUACCGCAAAUCGUUAUAUUUCCAGACCAGAAAUAUUCAAUGUUGAUUUAGACUAUUACUUGAAAGUUCCAAAAUGGCAAGGAAAAGAUCAGAAAUGUGUAGAGAUAGAGAAUAUACACAGCGUUUAGCGUAAUUACUACCAAUUAAUUUUAUGAGAGUCGUACGACAUUGUAAUUGCUUUUGGAAUGCUUCUGGUCUUCGAGUCAAAACGAUGAUAUUCUGAUUGAAGAAUGCCGUAUAAAGAGAAACAGAAUUGUCCUUCCUUGGCGGAAAAAGAAUCUAGUCUUAUCACUUCAAAGCAGCGACUAGAAUGGCAGCCUAAGCGUUCACAAAUUAAGGCAAGUCAACAAAUAAGCUUUCAGAAAUUAACUGAUAAACUGUCUGGAGGAAUUCAAUACUGGACGAAACAGAAGCACCCUCAAAGCAUGCAGAAAUACAAAGAGUACAUUGCUUCAAAUCAGAAGAUAAGUCGCAAUAACCGAUGUGGGAAGUGUGGCGGAUUCUUAAACGAGGAAUCCAAAAUCCGCUUCUUCCUGAAUGAAAAGCCAACAGAACCGAAUUGUAUUUUUGGGAGAGAAUACUGCGAUGUUAUUGGUCCAUGUGCAGAUUGUUCUCUGUUAAACCAGAGAAACGCUAUCGUUCGUAGACAGAUUCUAGAGUUUCCUGAUUUAGAGGUCACUCCAAGACGUCUCGUUGCUCCCUUCGUAGCAAAUACUAUUUUAACCCAAGCAUUAUCCAAUGAAACAUCGUCUUCUAUAGAGGUUUUCCAUCCAAGUAAUUCAUUUAUGAAACUGCCAGCAAUUUCUCCAGAAACUCUACGCUACACGCGAAAGGAAACUGGCAGCCGAAAGCAACGUAGACUCAAGGCUCCUCAAGAAAAUAAGACAACGAAGACCUAUAUCGAAGUGAGACUUCCAAAAAUCUGACCUCUGUGUGCCAUUCGCAAGUAAUUCGCAAGCAAUAUGAUGAUAAUUUGUAUAUAUUUGUGGAUUGUUUUUAUAGGAGAUUUUGACAGAGUGAUUUACUUUAUUUAUUCUCGCGGAAAUUCCAAGAUCCGAGUUAGGUUCUCUUGAACGCGAUCUCUCUGAGUUAUAUAUAGUACCUAUUUCAAAACAAGUUGCACUCCAACUUGGCCAGUUGGAGCUGAAGGCCAUAAGCAGUCACUUAGACAAUAAGCGAUGGGAGAUGGCUCAUUCCAAGAUCCAGUAAUAGCUGGAAUAACUUGAGCUUCUUAUUAUUAUCCUUGUGAGGAACACGGAUUAUCGGUGUGAUAUAUAGUUUCAGAUGUAGUCAAUGCAACGAAACCAUUAGUAAAACACAUUGACUGUUAGUGUUUAGACGGUGUAUCUAUGAUUCCUAUUUCGCCUAUUUCCUAUUUCAUUUGGCUCCGACAGCCUGUUUUUGAAAUAGCUAUAUUAGUAUAGGAAAUCGCACGAUCUUGAGUGCAAUUCGAAAUUUAUAGCUACUGGUGAUGUUUUGAAAACUGGGCGAGCCUUUAGGUGAAUCUAAUUAGAUAACUAUUAAAAACAUCACGAGUAUCUAUACAUUCUGAAUUGUACGAGAAGAUUUUUUGUUUGGUAAUACACUCAAUAAAAUUGAGCAACUUAAUUGGGACUCUACAGGGUACAAUUUAUGAUGGUAAUGGAACUGAGUGUAGUGCAAUUUGGUCUGAAAUCAAACGCGCGAUUACAAAAUCGCACGACCGCAUACUUAAUCAUAUCCUUUUUGUAAUCAUACACAAGAAAAAGAUACAAUA